GCGGGAGGCUGCACGGUCGUCAUGACAACGACUGGGGCUCACUCUACCGGCUGGCCUGGCAGACUUCGCAUCUCCGAAUCCGAUUGGUUAAUCCGUAACAAUAGAGAAUGCUCAGCUCCGAUUGGCCCGUGCCUAACGAGUUUACCGACACCAUCGACUCGUCAGUUCAGUAGGCGACGCGCCGCUGUCCGACGAUAAACACCUCGCGUUCGCGCGCUCGUUACGCGAAGUUUCGGGAGCAUUGCGCCUUCCUCACGCGGCUAUUGUUGACUGUGAAUCCUGAACACAUCCACGAUGGACUCUAGGCCUAAUUCCGUAUCUCCGCUUCCCGAGAUGGCCCCCAUAGCGGAGUUUGACAAGAGCCCAGAGGAGACUACCACACUGGAGGAUCUGCCUCCUCCUCCCCCCACUGCAGUCUCCAUCCCCCUCAGCGAACCUCCUCCGCUGCCGGAGACGCCGAAGAAGCAAAGGCAGUACGAUGAUGAAGACUCCAUGUCCUGCGGCAGUUGGUGCGAGUAUGUCCUUGUCGUCGUGCUGGCCAGCCUGCUCCUUCUGGCCAGUCUGGUCCUCGUCCUCUUCUGGACACUUUAUUACCGCAAAGGCUACUCCUGGAGCGAGGACCCGGCCAGGCAGUUCAACGCUCAUCCCACUCUCAUGAUCGCCGGUUUCGUCUCGCUCAGUGGAUUUUCUAUGCUGCUUUACCGCAUCAGCAGAUGUUGUCGCAAGAUCUACGUCAAGUUGUUCCAUAUGAUCUUCCAUGCACUGGCUAUCCCUUGUGUGGUGCUUGGCUUCCUGGCAGUGUUCGAGUCCAAAAGCUUCUCGGACCCGCCCAAACCCCACUUUUACUCCAUGCAUAGCUGGAUGGGUUUCGUCACCAUGGGACUCUUUGCCUUCCAGUUUGUGGUAGGGUUCUUCAGUUUCAUAAUCCUGCUGUGCUGCGAGGGGGCGACGGCAGCAUUCCGGGCAGCUCUGGUGCCAGUCCACGCCUCGUUCGGCGUCACUACUCUCAUGAUGGCGGUGGCCACUUGUCUCACCGGCCUUACACAAAAGGUCUACCACGAUGUGGGUGAGGAGUACUCCAGCUUCAAUGAGGAAGGGAUCAUCAUCAACGCACUGGCUAUGGUGUUGGUAGCCCUGGGCAUUAUUGUAUCGUACGCUGUGCGCCGUGAAUCCCUGCAUGUUUCCACCAAGGUUCUCAUCUCGGAGCGAUUGUAGGGCCGCGUUCAGCCGGUGGAAGACGACCCACCGGCGCGCUUUUGAGCAGAUAAGAACAUGCUCAGUGCCAGCGCACAUCCCUGCUACAUUUCCAACGGGCGGAUAUUGCUUGCCAAAUAUAUUCUUGAGUUCCGUGUACAAAUGGUGGAAGGUGGAGGAAGCUUCAGACUGGAUGCAGCAAUGUGGGUUUUCAAAUGUACGUCCUCUCAUCAAUGUGUUCGUAAGUGUUCUAGGUGCUACAAAGACAACGAAUGUUCGUAUUCGAUGUGAACGAGUUCAUCCAUACAACACAAUUUAAUGGUGACGAUUUACUGCCGAUUACUAAUCCUAAAACUUGGUGGGAAUUGGGAAUUUGGUUUUUAUUAGGUCCCUGGGUCUCUUACUGAGCGUUUAUGUUGAAAUUUGAAAGAUUUUACUGUUGAUUAAAAAGGCUAUGAAUAAUUAUUGUGAUUUUUCAAUUAUUGCGUGAAUUGUUUACCAAAAUAAUGUUUUUAACCAUCCUCUAGCUUUAAAAGCCUGUAAAAUAUCUAAUUAGACUUAUUUAUUACUAUUCUUUGCUAACUUGUACAGUAGUUCCAAACACUUAGCAAAAACAGUUAUACUAUUUACUCCAUUCACCUUUUAAAGUAUGAAUGGCAUGGUAUUAUUACACUCAUCAUCUGAAAAUAGGAUUCUACUAAAAUUUUGCUAAAUUUUCUGGGUAAAUCUAUCCUCCCGACCUCAGUGUACUAAUUUUGUUUUCCAUCCUCUUUCUUCUAAAAACCUUUGCAUAAUAUUUCUUCUAUAGAUACAUACCCUUUACACCAUGUGUACUUUUCCUCCUUUCUUUGGUAUUCCACUCUAUCAUUCCAACCCUUCCUUAUUCUCAGAAUUUGCAAAAUCUUUAAUGUGUAGUUCUUCAUUACACACAGUUUCUAUUCCCUCAUUCCUAUUUCUAUAUAUUUUCAUCUCCCCCACUAUGGUCUUCAGGGUUCUUAUUUCCUUACCUGAGGUUUGGAUUUCAUCAGCCUGAUUUUGCUGCAGAUGUCAAAAUUCACCAUCAAUUGUAAUGUGUUUUAAAAGUAUUGUAUUGUUAAAAUAAUUGCUCAAUAACUGUCACCUUUUAUCACAAAAAUGAUAAAUCUUCAUUUUAGCCAUCCAACAAAGAUGAAUCCCUAUUUCCCAAACGCAACGACAUCUUUAAAAUCGAACUGAUCUAUUUAUUACCUUGUGACCAAAUGUAUACACUUAGGCUAGUGGUUGUGCUGUUAUAGCUAGUGUAGGUUAGACAUUUAAAAUAUUUCAAUGUUGUAUCUGAAAACGUUUUAUCAACUGUUUUGUAAAGAUCUUUACUGGCUUUUUUGUAAAUAUUACAUGACUCGUCGUAACUUUACAGGCGAAAACUGUACCGUAUCUGUUAGACAAAGAGUGCUCACUGGCGUAUUAGCUGCUGUAGGCUGUUGGUAACUGUGUUCUAGAAUUAAGGUCAAUCAGUAGUUUUAGAGAGUUUACAUGAUUGUGUUGAGAGUUUUCUAGAAUUUUUAAGAGUUUACUUACAGCUGGACUAGUCUAUACUUUGGCAAUCAAUCAACGACCUAGUUGCUGUUAUUUGUAAAUAGGCUAUGUUCAUAACAUAACGAUUUAUAAAUUGUAACAAGAUAGUUAAUUUUCCAGUCAAGUAUUUUGUUUGUGUAUUACAAUAUUUUUGUCAUAAGUCCAUACUUUGAAAAAAUACUGAUUUCAUUUUUCUUCAAGGUUGAAUUUUGUGCUUCUCUCAUGUUUAUUUGUAUAUAUUUAAUAAAAUGUUAAUUAUUAUUAUUAAUGAUAUAGUUUCUUAGAAGUAUAUAAAGUGUUCUUUUAUAUUACAUACUGUUGUUUAUCCAGUUUAUAAAUAAUAGCAUAAUUAUAUAUAUGUACGUUAAAACAGAUUAUUUUAUCUUCGUCCUUUAAAUUGUUACUUUGAUUGAUUAAAUUAAUUAAUAUUAUACAUAAUUUAUUAUUUGACACAUACAUAUUAAGGUUAACAAUUUUUGUUUUCACGUGACAUACUGUUUGUUGGAUUCUUUUGUUUUCAACAUACACAAGUGCCAAUAAAAUCCAUUACUUUUU